CUUUCAGCAGAGAAAUACGUCAGUAACAAAAGGACAAAUACAUCAGGCUUCUACCUGAUACAUUUUCAUCUCUUGACCAAGAUGACUUGAGAAUAGAAAAGUUGGCACAACGGUUAAGCACUUGGCUGCUAAUAGAAAGGUUGUUUUUCAUCAUUCAGAACAUCGCCUGAAGCAGGUCCACCAUGCCGUUAGUAACGAGGAACAUCGAGCCAAGGCACCUGUGCCGUCAGACGUUGCCUAGUGCUAGAAACGAGCUGGAAUGCAAGACCAACAUCACCCUGGCAAAUGUCAUCCGACAGCUGGGCAGCCUGAGUAAAUAUGCAGAGGACAUUUUUGGAGAGCUCUUUAUUCAGGCAAAUACCUUUGCCUCUCGGGUAAGCUCCCUUGCUGAGCGGGUCGACCGCCUACAAGUUAAAGUCACUCAGCUGGAUCCUAAGGAAGAAGAAGUGUCACUGCAAGGAAUCAACACCCGCAAGGCCUUCAGAAGCUCGACCGUUCAAGAUCAGAAACUUUUUGACAGAAACUCUCUCCCAGUUCCUGUCUUUGAAACAUAUAACACCUGUGAUACUCCUCCACCGCUCAACAACCUUUCCCCUUACAGGGAUGAUGGGAAAGAGGCACUCAAAUUCUACACAGAUCCUUCGUACUUCUUUGAUCUUUGGAGGGAGAAGAUGGUGCAGGACACCAAGGAUAUCAUGAAAGAGAAGAGAAAGCACAGGAAAGAGAAGAAAGAUAAUCCAAAUCGAGGGAACGUGAACCCACGUAAAAUCAAGACACGUAAAGAAGAGUGGGAGAAGAUGAAGAUGGGACAAGAAUUUGUGGAGUCCAAAGAAAAGCUGGGGCCUGGAUACCCCGCCAGCCUGGUGUACCAGAACGGCAGCAUUGGCUCUGUUGAAAACGUGGAUGCAGGCAGCUACCCACCACCACCACCACAGUCAGACUCCGCUUCUCCCCCGUCUCCCUCCUUCUCUGAGGACAACUUGCCUCCGCCACCAGCAGAGUUCAGUUACUCCACAGACAACCAAAGGGGCUCUGGCUUGACUGGACUCAAAAGAUCCAGUGUGGUCAGCCCAACUCCCCCUGGGCUCCCUCCUCCACCUUUCACUGGUGCCGAUGGCCAACCUGCCAUGCCACCACCACCUCCUCCAGAUGGCACCAAGGCCAAGUCCUCCUUACCACCGGUGAGCGACGCUCGUAGCGACCUGCUUUCAGCCAUCCGUCAAGGCUUUCAGCUGCGCAGGGUUGAGGAGCAGCGGGAACAGGAGAAGCGGGAUGUCGUGGGGAACGACGUGGCCACCAUCUUGUCUCGGCGCAUUGCUGUUGAGUACAGCGACUCGGAGGAUGACUCCUCUGAGUUUGAUGAGGACGACUGGUCAGAUUAGUGCGCCCUGCUGCUGCCACCACGCUUUUCUCUGUGCUCCCCACCUGCCGCCUUUGGCGUGUGCUACACCCAUGGGACACGGAAGGGAAGAAAAGAGGAGGAGAGUUUCAAGGGGCCAAAGCCUUCCCCCGACAACCAAAGAUAUAUCCAAGUGCUUCCUCCCAAUCUGCCUGUCCUUCUCCACCCCUUAAAGCUGGGCCGGGCCUCCUGAGGUUUAGUAGCUAAGACGUUUCCUCUUCCAUCAGCUGCCUGUGGAAGGGAAGCAAGCCCCAAAGCAGAUCCCUUUGAUUGGGUUGAAGCUAGAAAUGGAGCCUUCCCCUAAGGGGCCGUUUCCAGACUGGUCUUCUUCCACAGCCCUGGCCCUCGGCUGCUCUCAGGACAGGGGCCAUCUUCCAGCCCUCCAGCAAUAUGAGUGGCCUGUGCACUGAGGGCAGAGCAGGCUGCAGGCCCUAGCCACCUCCUUCUGCCCUGAGCUGCAGGCCGAGGCUGCCUUCCACCAUGCCACCUCUCUAUGCCUCAAAUGCCUUUUCUCCGGGGGAGGGGUCUAGCCUCUAAAGAAUGUCUCACCCCCUCCCCCAGCCCAGAAAUGAUGCUUUCCUGAAGACAGAUUGUUCAGGGUGCCCCUCUCAGCUUCCCUUCUGGGAACUGUGAGGUUUCUGGAUGCCUUAAGUGCCUCGCUUUCCCCAAACCCCCCGCCCGCGCCCCACCUAGGUGCCUUCGGGUACCACAGCCCAGCUCUACCCUUUAAUACUGGUGACCAAACCAGCCCUGACACACAGGGAUCCGGCCUCGGCCUGCCUUCUGGAACCAAGCUCUGAGACUCGGCACUGCAGCACUGGAAGACGGUGGGACUCCUUGGUCACUUCCACUGACAGAUACGAAGGCCUGGAGAUGGGAAGUGACCUGCUCAAGGUCACACAGUUGGAUGGUGACAGUGCUAGAGCCCAAAGUCCUGCCUCCAAGUUGCCUGUGCUUUCUGGGACCAAAUUGUGGGCACCUGCUGGACGAUGGACAGAGCCAUCUUGGCUCAGUGGGGGUCCCUGCAGGAACGCUCAGGGCCUGUGCCUGCCCUGCCACUGCUGCUCAGACCCUUGGAGCCUCUCCUGUCAUUUGCUGGCCCGCACACCCCUCCCCUCCCCAGCCACCCACAUGGCCUUGGGAACUGCCCUUCUGGGGGCCCCAGAGGUAGUGAGGGAAGGAAGGGGGAGGCACAUUGACAGGUGCUGUUUUCAGUUCCUCUGCAAUGCCCCCUCUCUGAUUCGCCAAUUUCACCAUAGGCUCCUCCAUCUGUAGAGACUUCAGCCCCUUAGGUGGCAGCCUCUGCAGGGACCUGCCUGGGGCGCUGGCAGCCAGGAGGGAGGAGUGUGGGAAGGCAGCCGACCUCUGCGUCUUGCUCCCAGCUCCCCUUCUCAACUGCACAUGGAGGCCCUCCUUCCUUCCCUUCCCAGCGUGGACACAGGUGCUACCACCCAGGAGAGACAGCAGUGACGGCUGACAGCAGGGCUGCUGCUCCACUGCCCUGAGUGCUGUGCAGCCCCUGCUGCAGAAAUCUGCUGCUCCAGCUCUCUGAGCCCUGAAACAAAGAGACCCGGGCUCUGUCUCUCCCGCACAGCAAAUGGUUGUCAUAAUUGCCAAAGCCCUCGUAAACCCCUUCGGCUGGAGGAGAGAGAGUAAUCACAGCCGCGGCACGGAGCUGCGCCUGCUGAAUGCGGCCUUCCCUCUGCCUUUGUUCCUGAACUUGGGUGUGGGGACUGCGCCUGUAGGUGCCAGCUUUCCCUCCUGCUGUGGCUCUCCAGAGUGCACUCCCACCCACCACCCACCCCCAGAUCAGGUGUCUUUGGCACAAGGCUGGCCCCAAGGGCUGCUCAUGUGCCCCCACUAACACACACACAAAAAGCUGCGGCUACUGGUUCCCCAGCCCUGGCAUGGCGGCUGGAGCCGCUCCCCUCUGGCUGCUGCCCAGUGGUGACAAAAAAAGGCCGAAAGAGGGCACUGAGUCUCCCAAAUGGGAGCCCUGGGGUCUGGCCAGACUGGGGUUUGGGCCUAAUGGCUUUGACUAAAUUACCCCAUCCCCCUGCUUUCCGGAAAAAGGCAGCCAGCGCCACUUUCUAUCAUUCUGAGCUGACCUUGAAGGGGGUGGUGUUGGCCCGCGUAUGGAAUGGGCAGCAGCCACAGUGGAGAGAGGGAGGCUGGGGGCAGGAAGGGCUGGGGAGGGGGGCGCGCCGCCUGCGAAGGUGGGAUUAGAUCAUUAGCUCGGUGACCUCCCAGGGUUCCGAUGUGCUGUGUUCUCCUCCUGCAGCUGGUUUGGUAAUGAUCUGCAAGUCCCGGAGAGCAGCAGCACAACUCUGCCUGACGCGCUCAUUAAAAUCCAUGCAGCCAAGCUCGGCGCUUUGUAGCUGGCGGCCGUGGCGAGCCUGCUCAGCUGGGGGCUGGGACCCAGUCAGCCAAGAGGCCCUCUGGGCUCUACUUAUGCAUAUGUGCACCAAAAAACACAGCCCUUUAAACCCAGAGCCCUUUAAGAUGAGAAAGGACCAGGACCCAAUGCAGCUAAUUGUGUUUGUAGAAUCCUAUAAUCGUAGAAUACAAAGUUUAGUGAUUAUUUAAAUUGCUCCCGUGCUGGUGAGAGUAUGAAACAAUGGCCCAUAAAGAACCUUUGGAGCUGAAGCCAAGGAGCCGCCUCCCUUCCUGGUCUGCCAGCCCUGGGGACCUGCCCCAUUCCUGUGGCCCAGGGGCCCCUGGUCCACUCAGCAGUCUCAGAAAUGACUUGUGGCUUCGCUUGGGUCUCCAGAUGAGUACAUUCCAGAGGCACAGCCAGGAGGAGGGGCGGGCUCAGCAUUGCUGGAAGCCCUCAAGCAGCUGGCCCACCCCAGAAGCUCGCCUCAGCAGAAGCUCCAGCACCCUGAGAAACGACCCUGGUCAAUGUCACUGCUGAGCUGAGGCACUGUUGUCAGGGCUGAGGUGAGAUCCCCCUGCGGCGCCAGCCAGGACACGGGUCUCUGUGGCUUUGGUGACACGCUUAGCAUUCCCAUCGUGUCCCAGCCUGGCUCUCGGCUCUCAGACUGCCUCCCAGCCAGUGGGGCUUUUACUCAGAGGUCAGGUUUCCUGGGUGGGCAUCAAGCUUGGUGCUGGGGUCCAGGAAGGCUAGGGAAUAAUCAUUACUGUAUUAACUUUAUUCAGCUCUUUUACUUGAGAAGCUAACUGAAUUUUACUUUGCUGUCUGGAGUGAUGUGCAGGUAGGGGUGUGAGCUGUCAUGCUCCCAAAGUGCCUUGUUCUCUCUGGAAUCAGCAUAUUUAUAAGGACCAUUGAUGCUCCAUGGAGUGUAGGGAGUGGGCACAAAUGCGGUGGGUUACAGCCUGAAAGCGCCCUGUGCCUGCUGCCUCUCCUCUCUCCUGUCCCCAGGCCUCCAGAAGCAACCCCAACUCUCCCGAAAGCCCAAGCCCAAGCCCGUGGCUCUGAGCCUGCGCAUUUCCUGGCAGGCUCGCAGUGUACUGCGUUUGUACCCGAAUGUUCUUAAGGUCCCAAGUAACUGUUCUCUGUGUCUACAUGAAUACCUAAAUGCCAACAUCUUAAAUAAUUUGAUAAAACCUUUUUAGUCA